UAACCUCCUACCCUCGGUUCCACACGCCACCCCCUCCCUCCAAAGACUGGGACGGCUCCUCCAUUUUUGUUUUGGGGCGGAAGGGCAGGGGCUCGUGGAUGGAAGGGGGUCAAAGGAAACGGUGAUUAUCACCUGUACGGGGGAAGCGGGUGCCGUCCUCCCUCCUACCCUUUCUCUCAGUCUGCACCCCCUCUGCAAACUCCCCCCCACCUUCUCGGGGUCUCCCCCCGCCCUUGUUGCUAAGGCCCAGACCGUCAUCCCAGCAACAGCCUCAGUCAUGUGACCGGCAAUGGCGGCGCUGACGGGAGGUGCAUCUGGCCUUGAGGGGACUAUGAUGGAGGCACAAACAGAGAGCCGCUCCCCUUUGGAUCAGUCAAGGAAUUGAGGUCACACUAAUGGCCCCUCUUUCUAUUUGAGCUACAUUUGGAGGUGUUGUAGGGACAGCUCUGUAGCUGAACAUGUCCUGGUCAGCUGAGUGUGGAAAUAGAGGGAUUUCUGCUGCUCUCAUUGUCCAUGGGCUUCCCAGGUCACACAACCUACAAGUAGGGAGCAGGGACAGUGAGAGAGAGCCUGCAUGCCAAUUCUAAGCUCUUCAGGAUCAAAAAUGGCAGCCUGUGGAGGCACCUGCAAGAACAAAGUGACUGUCUCCAAGCCUGUGUGGGACUUCCUGAGCAAGGAGACCCCAGCCCGGCUGGCCCGGCUUCGGGAGGAGCACCGUGUGUCCAUCCUCAUAGAUGGCGAGACUUCUGACAUCUAUGUCCUCCAGCUUUCCCCGCAGGGCCCUCCCCCGGCCCCUCCCAAUGGGCUCUACCUGGCCCGGAAGGCUCUCAAGGGGCUGCUAAAAGAGGCUGAGAAAGAGCUGAAGAAAGCUCAGAGGCAGGGCGAGCUUAUGGGCUGCCUGGCUUUGGGGGGUGGCGGGGAGCACCCUGAGCUACACCGUCCAGGGCCCCCCCCUCCCCCUCUGCGAGCAGCCCCGCUUCUGCCCCCAGGGGCUCGGGGGCUCCCUCCUCCUCCCCCUCCCCUCCCCCCUCCCCUUCCUCCCCGCCUUCGGGAGGAGGCUGAAGAACAAGAGAGCACCUGCCCCAUCUGUCUGGGGGAGAUCCAGAACGCCAAGACAUUGGAGAAGUGUCGGCACUCAUUCUGUGAGGGCUGCAUCACCCGGGCCCUGCAGGUGAAAAAGGCCUGUCCCAUGUGUGGCCGCUUCUAUGGGCAGCUGGUGGGCAACCAGCCCCAGAAUGGGCGGAUGCUGGUCUCUAAGGACGCCACACUCUUACUGCCCAGCUAUGAGAAGUAUGGCACCAUCGUCAUCCAGUACGUCUUCCCGCCCGGUGUCCAGGGGGCUGAACACCCAAACCCAGGAGUUCGCUAUCCUGGCACCACCCGGGUGGCCUACCUCCCGGACUGCCCUGAGGGCAACAAGGUGCUGACCCUGUUCCGCAAGGCAUUUGACCAGCGACUCACCUUCACUAUCGGCACGUCCAUGACCACAGGGAGACCGAAUGUCAUCACCUGGAACGACAUCCACCACAAGACCAGCUGCACAGGGGGACCCCAGCUGUUUGGGUACCCAGACCCCACCUACCUGACCCGGGUGCAAGAAGAGCUGAGAGCCAAGGGUAUCACAGAUGACUGAAGGCCAUCCCCUUUGCCAAGCCCUUGUCUUUCUCCAUAGGACCCAGCGGAAGCCUCUGUUCUCCUCUCUCCCUCUGCCCCCCACACCACACGAAUAGGGGACCAGUCUGACUGGGGAAGGAGUUCAGAGAGGGAGGGCAGUCCCUUCCCCUGUCCCCCCACAGGCGAGUGCUUCAGUGCAGUGUGAACCACUCCCUUCUGGCAGAGGGAUCUCCCAGGCUCUGCUCCCCUCCUCCCCCUGUACAUACUCCCAAUCUCCCUACCCCCUCCACUGCCCUUGGCUUUUUCUGGUAUGUGCUGUGCUCCAAUGACUAAGCUGAGAAAGGACCUGGGUGGGGAAGGAGGGUCUCUUGAGCCCCCUGCCCCCACAAACUGCUCCACUGCUGAACUUCGGUGUGGCGGAGGGGGCAUGGGGCUGAGCUGAGCCCCCAAGGAGCUGGCCUUGUGUGUUCUUCAGAAACAGUCCCCCUUCUACCUUAACCUUGUCCUUUCUGUCCUGUGUCUCCGUCUCUGUCAGUCUGUCUCCCGCUCUGCCCCCUAUAAGGAGCCUCCUUGCCCUGUUCUGGAAUCGCCGCCAGACUGUAGCUUUUAAUUUAAUAAAAAUAAAGUAAAAUAUGCAACUCUC